CUCUCGGCCCUACCUUAACGUCAACGCAGAUAGCGCCACGGGAAAGCCAAACCGUAACUGGGACGAGGAGCCGCGUGAGAUGGAAAUUGAGAACUUGCGCGGGAAGGAGGAACUUUACAAGCUUGACAAUGCUGGAUUUCAGUACGGGCGAGAAGCGGCGAAACAUACCAGCUUCUUGAAUGAUGAUGACAUUGAGCGCGAAUACUAUCCUGAGAGCAUCGACCUCAUCAAGAGAGUUACGGGAGCAACCGGCGUUGUCAUCUUCGAUCACACCAUUCGUCGCCGUCGCCCAGGCGAGCUAGAUGACAGCCCACAGAAACGUCAACCAGUCCCCCUGGUUCAUGUGGACCAAACGACUGCGUCGUCCAUUGCUCGUGUUCAUAGACAUCUCCCGCCAACAGAAGCUCCGUCUCUCCUUCGCAGACGCUUCCAAAUCAUAAACCUUUGGCGUCCUAUAUCGCAUGCAGCUGUAGAUUGGCCGCUUGCACUAUGCGACUUCCGCAGUAUUGAUGUGGAGAAAGACUUGGUGCCUGUCGCUCUUAUAUACCCUGAGCGCGAGGGCGAGACACUUGGAGUCAAACACAACGCAAACCACCAGUGGAAAUACAUGAAGGCCAUGACCCCAGAAGAGUUUGUUCUUAUCAAAUGCUUUGACUCAAUACUAGAUGGCAGUGUUGCGAGGUUGACCCCUCAUACUGGGUUCCAAGACCCGAACACUCCAGAGGGAACGCCACUUCGGGAAUCCAUCGAGCUGAGAGCUCUGGUAUUCUAUGAUUAGAACACGUAUUAUCAAGUGGCGUUGAUAACUCAUACCGCGUUUAUUUGCUGUAUCUAUGUCCCAUUUUAUCGAAUUAUCAUGAAUCAGAGAAAGUUUGAUGUGCUUAGCCUAAAUUUAUAGCAGAUAGGUUUCCUGAUGAAGCUUGCAAGUCUCAAUAGACCAAGAUGCACACGAGAAAAAGCUCCAGGUGAAAGAUGCAACUCAACGAGACGCAGAAAGACGGGAGGAUGUGAUCGGGGAAGAAAGGCAGAUGAAACGAACGAUAUAGAAGAAGCAGAUACAUAAAAGUGUAACGUUAGGAUGUAACAGAAGAAGAAACAGCAGUAAUGGAGGGCGGCGUUGAGGGCGUUGCCAGUCG